UGACACAUCGUAAAAAUCUUAGUAUCAUUUUUGCACAUUAUCCCUACAAAUUUAUAAGGCUUCUAUUAUUCGGCUCAGCCCGCCGGCGUCAUCGUAAUGUUCAUGUCUGCUCCCACUUCCGACGUCUAAACGGCAAUUAUUUGAUCAGUAAGUUUUGUCGUUUAGUGCAUCAAAGAAACGACAUGGAUUCCGAUGAUUCUUCUCCACCCGAAACUGAAGAGGUGAAGGCAAAGCCGAUCAUUGUGUUACUGGUAGGACCACCGGGUAGUGGGAAGUCUACGUUCUGCGAGCAUGUUAUGCGUUGUUCUACCAGACCUUGGGCUCGCAUUUGUCAGGACACCAUUAAUAAUGGUAAAUCUGGAACAAAGCCUCAGUGUCUAAGAAGUGCAGCCAAUGCACUAAAAGAAGGGAAAAGUGUUUUUAUUGACAGAUGCAACCUAGAUAAAGAACAGCGUGCAGAGUUUGUCAAGCUUGGAGAUUCUCAAAUAGAUGUGCACGCUGUUGUUCUUGACCUUCCUGCAAAGCUUUGUAUAUCUCGUUCUGUGAAACGUACUGGACAUGAAGGAAGCCUGCAAGGUGGAAAGGCUGCUGCGGUUGUUAAUAGAAUGCUGCAAAAGAAAGAAUUGCCUAUACUUUCUGAAGGAUUAUCAAGGAUUGUCUUUUGUCAGAAUGAGACUGAUGUGAAAGCUGCUGUUGAUACUUAUGCUGUUCUUGGUCCAUUGGAUACUCUUCCGAAUGGUUUGUUUGGUCAAAAGAAAGUAGAUGCCAAAGUUCAACUUGGUAUUAUGAAGUUCUUAAAGAAAGUAGAUUCUCCUUUCAAUGUGGGAUCAAAUCCUGCCAAUAUCCAAGAUUCUGCGGGUGCAAGAAAGGAUCUUUCUUGCAAAGGAUCUGAUAAUGUGCCAUCAUUAACAGCUACUACGACCAAGGAGAUGUUAGAAUCUGAAGACCUGACUGAAGGCUCUCCAAGUGCAGGAAAGGAUCUUUGUUGCAAAGGAUCUGAUAAUUUGCCAUCAUUAACAGCUACUACGACCAAGGAGAUGUUAGAAUCUGAAGACCUGACUGAAGGCUUUCCAAGUGCAGGAAAGGAUCUGUCUUGCAAAGAAUCUGAUAAUGUGCAAUUAUUAACAGCUGCUACAACCAAGGAGAUGAAAGAAACUGAAGACCUGACCAAAGGCUCCAUUUGCAAUGAUGAAGAAAGUAUUCCCACUCUUGUGUUUCCAUCUAUAUCGACAGCUGAUUUUCAGUUCAAUAGUGAGAAGGCGUCUGAUAUUAUUGUUGAAAGAGUUGAAGAAUUUGUGAAGAAGCUUGGAAAUGCCAGGCUCGUCCUUGUGGACUUGAGCCAUGGAUCAAAGAUUUUGACUUUGGUUAGGGCUAAGGCUGCACAAAGGAACAUUGACACAAAUAAGUUUUUCACGUUUGUUGGAGAUAUAACUCGACUUUAUUCGCAAGGAGGCUUACGAUGCAAUGUAAUAGCUAAUGCUGCUAAUUGGCGACUGAAACCUGGAGGUGGUGGUGUGAAUGCUGCAAUUUAUAGUGCUGCAGGUUCAGCCUUAGAGUUUGCAACCAAGGAACGUGCAACAACCCUUCUUCCUGGGCAUGCUUUGGUUGUUCCCCUUCCUUUUACUUCUCCCUUGUAUAACCGGGAAGGAGUAUCCCACAUCAUACAUGUUCUUGGCCCAAAUAUGAACCGACAAAGACCUAAUUGCCUUGAUGGGGACUAUGCUAAGGGCUGCAAAAUUCUCAGCGAUGCUUACACAUCUCUUUUUGAUGGUUUUAUAUCUAUAUUGCAGAACCAAGAAAAGAUACCAGCAAGUAGUAAAAACUUAGUAUCAGAGCCGUCGGUGCAAAAUGCGUCCCGCAGUAUCGUUAGAAAUGUUUUGACAAAUAGUGAUCAAAAGAUUAAGAGAGAUGAUGAUUGUGUAUCUGAGAGAAGCAAAAAAUUUAAAGGAACUCAGAAUGAAUCUAAAGUUGUGAAGGCAAAUGGAGGAGAAAAUAGUAAGAUUGAUGGAAGCGCUUCGAAGAGCUGGAACUCGUGGGCUCAAGCUCUUUACAACAUGUCCUUGCAUCCGGAGAGGCAUAAGACCGAGUUGCUAGAGAUAUCCGAUGAAUAUGUUGUAUUAAAUGAUCUCUAUCCUAAGGCACAAAAGCAUCUCUUAGUCGUGGCACGAUAUCCAGGUCUGGAUAGCCUUGCUGAUGUUCGUCAAGAACACAUUGAAUUAUUAACGACAAUGCAUGAUGUGGGCGUGAAAUGGGCUAGAAAAUUCUUGCAAGAGGACUCAUCAAUGAUUUUUCGCCUUGGAUAUCACUCGGCUCCCUCCAUGCGACAGCUUCACUUGCAUGUAAUCAGCCAGGAUUUCAAUUCAGACCACCUUAAGAACAAGAAACAUUGGAACUCUUUCAACACCGCCUUUUUCAGAGAUUCGGUUGAUGUAAUUGAAGAAAUUAAGAACCAUGGUAAAGCAAAUCUAAAAGAUGAUAAGAGCUACAUGUCAAUGGAGUUGCGUUGUAACAGAUGUAGAAGUGCACACCCUAACAUACCCAAGCUCAAAUUACAUAUUACCAAUUGCCGAGCUCCUUUCCCUUCCUCGCUACUUGAAAAGGAGCGUCUAGUGUUUCAGCAAGACUGUAGUAUGAGUGAUUUAUAGGGUUUAAGAAUUGUGCUUCUGCUAUACCAAAAUUUUGUUGUAUAUAAUUUCUUCUUUUGUAUUGAGUUUGUCUCUAAUGUAAUGAAUUCUGGAGCAUUAGGUUAGGAGUUAGGAUGAUCUGUUGUUGUGAAAGUUUGCUUUUCAAUUUGCCUUCUCUCAUUGAGAGAUAUUAAAGAGAAUGAUUUAUCAUUGUGCA